UGUAUGGGUAGCACCUGCAGACAGUAGGUGCGAGGUUACAGAGGUGUAGCAGUCUGCGCCAUAUCAGCGGGAGCCACACCGCUGCAGGACCCCUGAUCCCUGAAGGCUCACCACGCUUUCGUCAUCUGUCGAGAAACACGCAUUGCUUAUUACUACGCGCAUUGUGACGCGCAACGUGUCGAGAAAGUCGACAACAUGGCACGCUCAAUUCGAGGCAAUGCGCUCGAGAAGCUUGCCCGCCUUUCCGCGCAAUCGUCGUCCGCGACUUCACCGAAUAACGACUUCGAAAGACUGUACAGGCGGUGCUCGAGCCCGUUGAAAGCGUCAGCCGAUGCCAGCGGUAUCAAGGUCACGGAACUGGAAGCCGUUCUGGCUCUUUGCAAAGCCGCGCCCUAUGUCGAGUCCAUAGAGGUCGCUGCACCGCUCCUCGACCGACUGGCUGCCUAUCUCCCAAGCAUAUACACACAAGUACUGCUACCGUCGCCGAGCCUCCAAGGCAUCCAGCCCUCUCCGUACGAAGUUCUCUCCUACAACCUGACCUCGGCGAUCCUGCAACUCGGUGUUCGCCAUGACCAGCUGCGAACGAAGGUCACGAACACACUCGCAAGCUAUGUACAAGGGUGGACAGCCAUGGCUGCGGAGCUAUCGGUGGUACAACUAGACGACGGCGACGAAAGAUCUGAUUUCGACGCAGACGGAGAGCUGUCGCAGGUCAUCACCCACAGCCUGUCGCUGUUGGGCUUCCUGGAUGCUGCCGCCGAGCAUGCGAGAUUCUGGAACGCCUACGAACGGCUUCAAUUCGUUCAAGACAUCAAGGCAGCGAUCUCGGAACAAUACUUUCUUGCCUUCGAGACUGCUUUGUCAAUUGCGCGUAACGCGCGCUCCCAUCAGCACGGCUUGAGAGAAUGGAAGCGCUACACCAAGCACUAUGCAGCCAUUGGGCGUCCACUGGGUGCCAUGAUCCUGCACGAUUCCUUCCUGAAGGUCGUUGUCACUUCCGCAUCAUUGCUUGUGGAAACGCCGGCUCGUCGCCCUCGCGAGUCUAUCCUCGAUCACCUGCAGGCAUCGUACAACAACAACAACCGCGCCGCUGGAGAUACAUCCGAGGACGCACUUGCCGAGGGGCUGACUAGGAUCGCUGUCGAUGAGAUGCAUGGCUUGGAGAAUGACGUUGACUACCUGCAAAGAGUCGGCUCUGCGUGGCAGCAGCGACAAGCGUCUUCGGUCAAAGCCAAGAUCAUCACAACGUACUUGUGCUGUGCUGUGUACGACGAUGACAUUGCCGAUGAUGACGUUCUGCUCGGCUGGCUCGAUGCUGUGCUGAACGAUCCCUCACAGAGUGCUGAUCACGACCUGGCCUCGACAGCUCUGAAGUCCAUGGCUAUCUUGGCCAAGGUGUCUCCAUCUACGGCAUCGAAUCUUGGCCGCUCACUUCCAAGACUGAUCGUUCAAGCCAACUUCGAUAAUAGAACAUCGUCCGUUGCAGCAGACUCUCUCGCAGCAGUUCUGAGCUUGCUUCCCCAAGACGCAAUCAUCACAACCUUGUACAGCCUUGGUAAUGUUAUCAGCGCAGGGCCUACUACUGCUGGCGCCAAUUCUGCAUCGCCCUCACUCAAUGGUACUGGAAAUACACUGCGCGCUCCCGGUAUCUACGCGCAUCAAUCAAACGGCAGCGCCAUAUCACUCACCCCAAGUGAUGUCGAGGAGCCGCAUCAUGUGCACACCACCAUUGUUGACACUGUAGUGUCUGUGGCGAGCAAGUGCAAAGAUGAGAAGAUUACAGCGCUGGCUAUGUCGAUGCUUAUCCAGAAAGUCGGAAGGGCCAGCAAAGUUGUCGAUGUCAAGAUCAUUACCGACGCUGCACUGCUCGGUAUCCACACGCCGCCAGCGGAGUUCAGAUCUUUACUUAAGCUCUAUGCGACCUUGUGCCAUGAUGCGCUUGUCAAAGAUGACGUUGCCACUCUUGAUGCUGUUAUGAACGCCCGCCUGAACAUCUCGAAGAAGGUGUCUGAGGACGAGGCAUUCGAGGUGUAUCUAACACACCUCCUCGAUACAAUCGUCAGCAAGGGCGAUGCGCAAGAGACAUCCCACAAGCACCUGAGGGACACCGAGUUGGCUUCGCACGAGAUCGCUCAGAUGUUGAAGCCCUUGGCUACACUUCUUGCCCGCAAUGCUCAACGAGCCGACUCAAUCGAGCUUGACGAUGUCAUUGUCAACCUGCAACGAGACGCUUGGUUUAACAUUGUCGUUCACGGCUUCGACACUAACUCUGAUCUUGGAAAGCAGUACAUCGAAGAGCUCCGUACGCUUGCUCGCUUCAGCAAGCCUCUCAUCGCCGAAGAGCGCCCAAUGCUGUCAGAAAGUGACAUUGAACUGAACACGGUGCUUCGCCGUGGCAAGUCUGCUGAACACACUGCCGAGCAAAAGCGACGGUUGGCCAAGCUUCUGCCAUCUUGUGAAGCCGACACCAAGUCGCUCACGUAUCCUGAGGCUGUGUUCUUGAACACAGCCUAUCUGGUCGAGGAGUUGCGAGCCAGCACGGGCGACUGCACCAAAGCGCUCGUUUACUUCCUGGAUCCCAAGCUGCGAACUGGAGCAGUCGGUAACUGCAUGUCUGCCAUUACUCUUGUCGCCGUCAGGACGUACUUGGCAAAGACCCUCUCAGGCCAGCAUCAUACCUUCUCUACACCCUACCUUGCACAACAGCUUGCGCAAAUCUUUGCGGCUUGCUGCCACCGCAUCGCUCGAGUCCAGCAAGCUGCAGCCGCAUGCGCUGAUAUUAUCAUUCGUGAGGUGCCUUCGACGCUCUGUCAGAAGAGUGCUCUGUUUGCGCUCCUCGAGCUGCUCUCGAUCAUGUGGUACAGCUGUCUUGAGGGCGAGACCGAUGAGUACACCUGGAAGUCAACCUUUACCUCGAAGAAGUCGGAUAUCUCUGUAGAGUUGUCAGAUGACUAUGUGUUCCGCCGAGCAACACUGGAGACGUUGCACAAGCGGGCAACUUCCUGGGUCAAGGGAGUCAUCGAGAUAGCUCCGCUGGACAUCAAAGGUCUCCUUCAGACAUACUUGUCCGAGUACGAUGACGAGACAUCCUACGGUCACGUCUCUCUUGGCCGAUCGUUUGCCCUGGAGAUGGGGUCAGUAAUCCCCGUCAACGAUCAGCGUCUAGGUGCUAUUGAGCGUCAGGGCAUCAACAUCAAUACCGCCUCCGACUUCAUCACGCAGUACACCACGAGACAAGAAUACAAGUUCCUUGAGAGCGGCAACGAUCAGCAGGAAGAUUGGCUUAACGGAGGGAAUCCCAUCGGCUAUGUGCCAACAUACAUGUCUCGCAGUAUUCAGGAUGCUACCAAGCUUCUUGUUGACCUCGAACAGCGCACACUGCACCACAAGCAUGUCGCAAUUGCUGAGCUCCGGGAUAUCCUUCGCCGGGCGGCUGCGCUGCUCUGCAGAGUCAAGAGGGAUCAGUCACCGAUUGUGCACCAUCUGGUUGGUAUCCCCUUCGCAGUAUUUUCAAAGCAAUCGAUCAAGCUGGGCAUAUCAUUGUGGACCAGCGUCAUUAAGGAGAACCCUCGCAUGGAGUCUCGUGUCUUGGUAGCAAUAGCAGAAAACUUUGAGGGCACGGUGCGCAAGCGGAGGGGUCUCUUUAGUCCUGCGCUCAGGCACCCUGACCCAUUCUAUGGCAAGCAAGAAUUUGCUGCUACUGACAAGGAAGCUCUGGCCAAACACCAGCAACUCAUCUACAAUCUCAUCGCACCGCACUUCCGGCUCGUGCAGUUCCUCUCGAGUCACUUCAGCGCUUCUCGGCUCAGUAAAUCGGACUUCGAGCGUGUCUACGUUCGUUUGAUCUAUAUCACGCUCGAUGCAAUGAGUGCGGGGUGUUCUCAGCCUUUGGCGAGGGAAGCUUACUUCCACGUCAUACUGCUCGCGCUGCGUAUUGUCCGCCACAGCACGACCAUCUCCUCGACCGCUAAAUGGCGUCUUAUGGAUCGCUUGCUGACCGCAGGCCUGGCAUGGUUCGCUCACGCACCUCAGUGGUCCUACGGCGGCAACCGUCUACAGCUCAAGGCGGAGACUCAAGUCCUGUCAGAUGUCCAAGUCCACCUCGAUGCGCUUGGAAAGCUGGCCACUGUUGCGGAUUCAGCUUCGAGACAAGUCAAAGCUAAACAGGAUCUGCUCUCCGUACUUCUCUCCAAUGAACAGACGCGCUUGACCGUCUGGUUGUUCCCUCUCGACAACGGAAAGAAGCACCACUUCGGUGGCGGCGGCAGGAACAGCCUGCCAGAUGCUGCAAUCUCAGCUCACGUCAAGACUGCAUGGGCGGAGAACCCAGCAAUCGCUAUUCAGCUACUCAAGCGCUUCCAGUCGCCGCGCUUGCAGACUGAAGUUCGGUUCCAGGUGCUCAACUUCCCUCAUAGGGUAUUGGACGAGCCGGACGCCUUGGAAGUUAUGCUGGGCAACCAGCUGCCUGGAGACGUCUCCUUCCAGCUCAAGUAUCUGCUCUACUGGGCGCCACUGAAUCCCAUUACUGCUGUGACGUUGUUCAUGCCAGCUUACGGUAACCACCCGUUCAUCAUCCAAUACGCGAUGCGAGCGCUCGAAAGCCACUCCGUGGAUGUCAUGUUCUUUUACGUCUACCAGAUCGUGCAGACGCUUCGAUAUGAUGUGCUCGGCUAUGUUGAGCGGUAUAUAAUUGAGACGGCCAAAUUUUCGCAGCUGUUCGCCCACCAGAUCAUCUGGAACAUUAAGGCGAAUGCUUACAAGGAUGAAGCAUCUGAGGUGCCCGACCCUGUCAAGCCUACCCUCGACAAGGUAAUGGCAAGUCUCGAGUCCAGCUUCUCGAAAGAAGACCACGAGUUCUACGAGCGCGAGUUCGCCUUCUUCAAUGAAGUCACUGGCAUAUCUGGCACCCUGCGCUCCGUCCUACACGAGCCGAAGGAGGUCAAGAAGCAGAAGAUUGCAGAGGAGCUGCGCAAGAUCGAAGUAGAGGUUGGUGUAUACCUGCCCAGUAACCCCGAUGGUCAAGUUAUCGGCAUCGACCGCAACUCCGGCAAACCACUGCAAUCUCACGCUAAAACGCCCUUCAUGGCCACCUUCCGCAUCCGCAAGAACAAGCCGGCUACCGGCCUCAUCGAAGACAUUGAAGACGAGCCACGCUCCGGGCUCCCGGCAAAGAGCAACACCUACGAAACCUGGCUCAGCGCCAUCUUCAAAGUGGGCGACGACUGCCGUCAGGAUGUCCUCGCACUGCAAAUGAUCGCCGCCUUCCGCGGCAUCUUUAACACCGUUGGCCUCGACGUCUGGGUCUUCCCGUACCGCGUGACCGCCACAGCGCCCGGAUGCGGCGUCAUCGACGUGCUCCCCAACUCCAUCUCGCGCGACAUGCUGGGCCGCGAGGCUGUCAACCGCCUCGAUGAUUACUUCGUCAGCCGCUACGGCAACGAAGACAGCAUCCGCUUCCAGACCGCGCGGAGCAACUUUGUCAAAUCAAUGGCGGCGUACAGUGUCAUCAGUUUCCUCCUGCAGUUCAAAGACCGGCAUAACGGGAACAUUAUGAUCGACGACGCGGGACAUAUCAUCCACAUCGAUUUCGGAUUCUGCUUCGACAUUGCGCCUGGCGGGAUCAAAUUCGAGCGCGCGCCCUUCAAGUUGACCGCGGAGAUGAUCGCGGUCAUGGGCGGCAGCACGACGUCACAGCCGUACCGCUGGUUCGAAGAGCUCACGAUCAAGGCUUUCCUUGCAGCGCGCCAGCACUGCGAUCAUCUGUGCCAUAUCGUCGAGUUGAUGCUGGAUAGUGGGCUGCCAUGCUUCAAGCCCGAGACUAUCAAGAAUUUCCGUGAUCGAUUUGUGCUGGAUCGCUCGGAGAGGGAGGCCGCUGAUUAUAUGCGUGGUUUGAUCAGCAAGAGUGCGAGUAGUUAUAGUACCGGCACGUAUGAUCGGUUCCAAUUGAUCACGAACGGAAUCCCGUACUAGGUGGUGGCUGAGGGGGUAGAUGGUGUAAUGCAAGUGUGCCUGGAGUAUUGGUUAAAUGAAUCUUCCUGUAUAUACGCUAUUAUUAUUUGUGUUACACUCU